AGUUUACAAGACGUCGUAUUGGAAGAAGGCCAGAUACAAACUCGUCUCUUAGCGGAAGUGAAUAUAUACAAGAAAUAUUGGAUGGAAAUUCCGCUCAUUCUCUAGAAAUGUUAAGGAUGAAAAAAGAAGCGUUUUUGGCAUUAUGUGAUAAUUUUAAAGCUAAAGGAUGGUUGCAAGACAGUCGCUAUAUUUCAGUAGAGGAAAAAAUGGGAAUAUUUUUGUUUACUCUCAGUCAAAAUCAUCGAAAUCGUGCCAUGAAACGAAGAUUCAACCAUUCAACUCAAACUGUACAUUUUUAUUUUCACGAGGUUUUAAGGGCAAUGCUGAAGUUCGCAAGAGAAAUGGUGGUACCUACUACUUUUAAUCCAGACUUGGAUCAAGUCACGUAUCAUCAACGACUUCGAAAAAUAUUCAAGGGUGCUGUUGGUGCACUUGAUGGAACUCUUAUCCGCGCUUCUAUACCACCUGCCCAACAAACACCAUAUCGAGGUAGAGGAAGAGGAGAUUGCUAUCAAAAUGUGCUUGCUAUAUGUGAUUUUGAUAUGAUUUUUACAUUUGUUUGGGCUGGAUGGGAAGGAGUAGCACAUGACUCACGGGUAUUAACUGAAACUAUGCGAGAUCCAAAUAAUAAUUUUCCUUUUCCUCCCCCUGAUAAAUAUUAUUUAUGUGAUGCUGCAUAUCCAAAUACUAGAGGAUUUAUGGCUCCUCAUCGCAACACGCGAUAUUGGUUAUCGGAUUUUCGAAAUGAUCGUCGUGCAAGAACAAGAGAAGAAAAGUUUAAUCAUGCUCAUGCUAAAUUAAGAAAUGUCAUUGAGCGAUCUUUUGGAGUUUUAAAAGCAAGAUUUCCUAUUUUGAAGAUAAUGCCACCGUAUCCAUUUAAUGUGCAAAGAAACAUUGUUAUUGCUUGUGUUGCUGUGCAUAACUAUCUUCGCGGGAUGAAAGUUAUGGAUGACUUUUUUGAGCAAUUUGACAGAGCCGAGGUGAUCUUUCAACAACCUCAUAGAAACUUUGCGCAAGAAGGCACACAAACUUUCCGACGAUCCGAGGAGCAGAUUUGCUCCUCGGAAUCUGGUCCUCCUUCCGAGAAGCUAUUGUUCCUUGGAAGAGGAGGAGCAGUUGCUCCACCACCGUCGGAAAAAAAUUAA